UUUUACCCGGAAGUUGUCGUCAGUGUUAGCCGAGCCGGUUUUCUGUUGAAUUUCCACAGAUUUGUUGCAAAUAUGGGGAUGCUGGACAUGGAUUUCCUCGACGAUGUUCGUCGAAUGAACAAGCGUCAGUUGUACUACCAAGUCCUCAAUUUUGGUAUGAUUGUGUCUUCUGCACUGAUGAUAUGGAAGGGUCUUAUGGUUGUAACAGGCAGUGAAAGUCCCAUUGUGGUAGUGCUCAGUGGCAGUAUGGAACCUGCAUUCUACAGAGGUGACCUGCUAUUCCUCACAAACUACAGAGAAGAGCCAAUACGGGUCGGAGAAAUUGUCGUCUUCAAAAUUGAGGGGCGAGAGAUUCCUAUAGUUCACAGGGUUUUAAAAAUACAUGAAAAGGAGAAUGGCACUGUUAGAUUCCUUACAAAGGGAGAUAACAACUCAGUGGAUGACCGAGGGUUGUACGCCCCUGGACAGCUCUGGUUGGAGAAGAAAGAGGUGGUGGGAAGAGCAAGAGGGUUUGUGCCUUAUGUGGGGAUAGUUACAAUUCUGAUGAAUGAUUACCCAAAGUUCAAGUAUGCAAUCUUGGCGUGUCUAGGGGCGUUCGUGUUAAUACAUCGAGAAUAGCCGACAUCACAUCAUCUACACAGCUGAAAGUUGCCCAUUUACUAGUCUUCAUAAUACUGUGAAUUGUUUUAAGUUUUAAGGGUAUUAUUAAAACCUCCAAGCCCUCCACUGGUAACAUGACUACUGGGCUGGUAUUCAAUACUGGUCUCAAUUGGAACAAUGUAGCUAAUCGGAUUAGACCAAUAGAGCAGUCAUUGAAAUUAGACCUUUGGAUGAACAAGCCCGAAGUCAUAUACUAUAGCUUGGCAUCAAAUUUUUGAACAAGCCCUGCUAUAUAAAAUUCAGAAUUUGGGCAAGCCCGGAAGACAUUUUACCAGUGCAGGGUUUGCAGGCUUGUGUUAAUUUGGACCACUGAUACUCAUAGAGUGAAAAAAUUAUAUGAUGUUUGACCAAAAGAUUAACUUAAGAUGAAUAUUGAAUACCAGCCCUGGGCUUGCUCGAAUUCAUUAAAGAUCAUGGUUGAUUUUUGUCUUUAGUUUAUAGCGGCAGUUUCUCAGAUAGACCAUAUUGACAACCUUUUAUUUUUUUGUCUUGGAAUGAGCCAAAUUGUGCGUAAAUGUCUGGAAAUCAGUAAUAUAAGACUGCAGACAAAAGAUCAGAUUGCAGUUAAUACUAUUUACGUUGAAAAUUGAUGUUUUAUGGCUGAAAGCGUUACUAACACUUCGAAAAAAUGAUAAUUUUUCUUUUGAGUUUCCCAAACAAUUGAAAUCUGUUAUAUUGUGUCACGUGAGUUAUCUUAUUUCACUGAUUUAAAAGCAUUUAUGCCAAAAUCAGCUGAUUUUGAUUCAUUUUUUUUUUUAAAGUUGUCAAAUCGGUCAACCUGUGAGAGUGCAGCUUUAAACUGAAAUUAUCUUUAAGUGUCAUAUUUUCAUUAUUUUGCUUCAUAAUUGUGCACAUUUGACUUUAAUCAGUAUCUUAUAUGCACACAAAAGUAAGGAAAUAAUCAACGUGUUGCCAUUUGAGCCUCUGAAUUAUAUUUUUUAGGACAUUUUGACAUUUUUUGAGCCAAGCACUUCUAGAGUAUGAAUUUUGUCUAAUUCUCCCAAAUUUCAAAUUAAGUGACUGAAUGUUCCAAUUUGGUCAGGUCGUGAAUUGAUAUCAGAGUACAGUAUACUAUUAAAUUUAUUGAUUAUUUUUCACUUGCUGAAUUUGAUUGUAUACUACAAAAAUAUAUUGUUGGCUGUCGACACUAAGCAACAACACUCUUAACUCAACUUGAAUUUAUGAUAAGGGGGAAUCCAAUUCAAAAGGAAAAAGAUACAUGUUUAUGAAAAAAUGAUCUUGCAAAAUAAGUCACUUUACAAUAUUUAUUUUGCAUUUUGGAAGGAAAAGACUCCAUCUCUUGUUGUAAUUAUGGAUCGAUUAUGAACCAUAACAAGGAGAAAUUAGUAUUGUAGUAAAUUUUAGAAUUAUCAGGGGUUUUUUGGCAUUAUAUCAGAUAUAUUUACACAAUUUUUUUUGGUAAAAUAACUUAAAAAAAUAUCCAAAACUCAAUGUGAACUGUGUAAGUGUAUUAUGAUAUGGUUUGUGAAGUAUUCAUAUAUAUAUAGUGAUGAAUGUAAAAAAUCAACGCAUACAUAUUAUUUAAGUUAACAUUUUUACAUAAAUUGAAGCGUUAUGAAUACAUAAUUUAUAUGUACAUACAUAAAACAUGACUCUGAAACGAGCUUUUGUCGGUGCAUUGCAAUUUGCAAUUCUUUCAAAAUGUUUACGAAUUUACUGGUAACAUUCUAUAAAAACUUUGAAUGAAUUCUAUGUAAUAUUAAAUAAGUGUGCUUAUAUUAAAUCGACAUAGUAUUUAUUUCUUUAAUUCUGUAUAAGUGAAGAAAUUGCUUGAUGAUUAUACUUUCUUAUUUUUUAUUAGGUUUUUAAGGUUAUUUAAUGUUUGUUUUGUAUCCCUAUCAUUUAACCUGUAAACAUGUUACGCAUCUUCGUCAUAAAAUUCAUUUGUUUUCAUUAGUUAAGAUCUUUUAGUUUAAGCUCAUUUGUUUUUUUAAAUAUAUAAAGUCGAAUUACAUGUAUCGUCAUAGCCUAGAUGCCGUUAUCAAUCAGCGUUACAUAGCGCAAAAGCAUUAACUAAAAACUCAUACAUGAUAUUUUAAUGAAACUUGGUACGCAUGUUGCCAGUGACAAUAUAUACAUGUAUAUCAAGGCCCGUAACUCUGACUGCAAUAACUGUUGAGUGAUGCGCCUUUUAACGAUUGUGAAAAACAGACAGACAAUCUUUUGCUCAGCAUCUUGAUACAUGUAGGUCACUUUUCUAAUUUGUCAGACAUACAUUUUUCUUUGGAACUUACUAAUAAACUAGCAGAAAAAAGAAACUAUGUACAAGAAGAUAUACGUCUAGAUCUGAUACAGAGAAGUUGGAUGGGGAUAUGUGAGUCAUGUCAAAUUUUGGACCAGUGAGCGGGUUUGAUCGUGUGGAAGACCAUGAAUAAAUGCUAACUUUCUUAGUGUUCAAUGCAAAAUACCUCUAUACUAGCUUUUGCACAUGCCAGUGCUUCGAAAUAACUCACUUCAUGAGUGGUGAAAUUAAAAUUGGUGGUUGUUUUUGUAACUGAAAAGCAAUUCUGCAGGCAUUAUCUGCUUAAUGGAAUUUUGGUUGUCAAAGCUCUUCUAAAUGAUGAAAUGAGGAUCUAUGCGGCGUUCAUCAGAGGAGGGAUGAGUAUGAACACUUCGAACAUUUGUGCACCUUUAAUGCAAAGCAUUUUUCCCCUCAUAUUUGUUCAUGAAAGUUGCAUUUGGAAGGAUUCUUAGUUCGUACAUUUUUGUGAGCACAGUAGCUUUAUUCUGCUAGGAGUAGACCAUCGUCAGCAACCUGUGCAAUCAUGGUAAUUAAUUCUGUUCAACUUCAUACAUACCAUGGGACAAUUGACUGACAAAAUCUUGUUUUAAUGAAUAUGCAUGAGGCAGGGGAGACAACUUUUUCAAUGAAUUUGCAUGUUACAAUUUAACAUUCUUUAAUAAACCUUUAUAGUUAGUUGCCUCAAUAGCCCAGUGGUCUUGUCACUGCUGUCAAAAAUUAUUCUACUGAAACCUACUUGCAUACCUAUUCCGAUUCCAGGUUUGGUAAAAAUAUUUUUCUACCGGAAAGCAUCAGAAUUCUGGUACUUGGAUCAAUUAAACUGCCUCAUUAUUAUUCAUAAAUCAAGAUUUUACUAGCCAAUUCGCCCACGGUACACAACAAAGCAUAGAAGAUGGAAGUCCAUGUAAUUUUGCUACCAGAGAAAUGAAGUUCAGGGAAAAAAUGCUGUAAAUGUCUCUCCACUCUGAAACGUUGUAUUAUAUCUCAACCACAUACUAUUUGCUGCAUAUAUUACUCUUAACAUCAUGUUUUUCAAUCAAAAUUGUAUAUAAGAAUAUUAAGACUAUGAGGAAAGAAAAAAAAUGUGACUGCAUGUGUUGUAAUUUAUGUUGUCAUGGUUGAAGAAUUCUAAUAUUGUCAGUAUUUGCAAUAUUCUGUAUUUUGUGCAUGGGUGUAGAAAAUUAUGUUGAAAAACAGUGCAAUGUUGAACGUUGCCAUUUUACAAUAAUAUUAUGGCGCUAUUUACUGUUUUAACUUGAGUGUUCUGUGCCCAGUAAUGAAUCUGAGUGCACAAUAAACAAUAAGUUAACAAUGUGAUUAACGAGAUCGUUGUUAACUUCUAAUUGUGAAUUAUUUUUUGAUGUGCUUAUAUAUUUGAAUAAAACAGGUACGUCUAAAAUAGUUGUCUUAAAUUUUGUUAGAUAUACUGUAGAUAACAAGUUUAUCCAUUGAUUAAACUUCCAGAGCAGAAACAAUUUGAAAGUUAACAACGAUGGCGUUAAUAACUGGCCCAUUAAUGCAUUUUGUUUAAUUUCUUUGGAAUAUAAAAUAUUCGUUAAUUAUCACUUAAAUCUUUGAAAAAUAGCAGCUUCUGUGAAGUUUUAAAUCCAGCUGUAAGACAGCGAGUAAUCUCGCUCAUGUUGAAAAAAUUGUAUGCUUUUCCAACUUGAGAGAACUUUUUUUGCAUAUUUAAGGGACUCAUUAACGUUUAUUUGGUCGGCCAUUUUUUUUUUUUAAUUUGUUGAUAUUUAUUUAUUUUAUGUAUUUUUAUGAACAUUUAACACCAAGCAGCAACAGGAAGAUGCUCAUAUGAACAGAUUUUUGUAAAUCCAAGCCUACAAUAUGUAAAUUUUCAUAGUGUUAAAAACAGCUUUCAGCAAGAUAAUCAGUCACUUUUUAUGCCCCCUUUUGAAAAAAGUGGGGUAUAUUGUUUUGCACAUGUCGGUCGGUCGGUCGGUCUGUCUGUCUGUCGGUCGGUCGGUCGGAAUACCAAAUGGUUUCCGAUCAAUAACUUGAGAACGCUUUGACCGAGGGACCUCAUACUUGGUAUGUGUAUUGGUCAUCACCAGCAGAUGAACCCUAUUGAUUUUGAGGUCAGUGGGUCAAAGGUCAAGGUCAGUGUGACCUUUACAUGAAAAACGGUUUCCGAUCAAUAACUUGAGAACGCUUUGACCCAGGAACCUCAUACUUGGUAGGUGUAUUGGUCAUGACCAGCAGAUGAACCCUAUUGAUUUUGAGGUCAGUGGGUCAAAGGUCAAGGUCAGUGUGACCUUAACAUGAAAAACGGUUUCCGAUCAAUAACUUGAGAACGCUUUGACCCAGGGACCUCAUACUAGGUAGGCUUAUUGGUCAUGACCAGCAGAUGAACCCUAUUGAUUUUGAGGUCAGUGGGUCAAAGGUCAAGGUCAGUGUGACCUUUACAUGAAAAACGGUUUCCGAUCAAUAACUUGAGAACGCUUUGACCCAGGAACCUCAUACUUGGUAGGUGUAUUGGUCAUGACCAGCAGAUGAACCCUAUUGAUUUUGAGGUCAAAGGUCAAGGUCAGUGUGACCUUAACAUGAAAAACGGUUUCCGAUCAAUAACUUGAGAACGCUUUGACCCAGGGACCUCAUACUAGGUAGGCUUAUUGGUCAUGACCAGCAGAUGAACCCUAUUGAUUUUGAGGUCAGUGGGUCAAAGGUCAAGGUCAGUGUGACUGUAAGCUGAAAAAAGGUUUUCUGAUUGUCCAUAUUUUAUUUUCUUAUAUAGUAGACAGUAGAAAUUUAUAUGUCACUAAAUGCAUGAGUUGAAGUAUCAGUUUUCAGUGAACAUCUAGUUUAAUUAUGCCCCCCUUCGAAGCAGAGGGGUUAUAUAAUUGCUUUGCACAUGUCGGUCGGUCUGUUGGAAGACCAAAGCUUGUCCGAGUGAUAACUCAACAAUUCCCGGACCUAUGGUCAUCAAACUUGACAUGAAGAUUAGGUAUGACCAGUAGAUGACCUGCCUCAUAUGCAUCCAAUGACAAAUCAGCUGUCAUUUCAGUCCAUGCAUAUUUCAUUCAAUUGUCCAAAUAUUUCUGGCAACUUGGCGCUCAGGGGGCAUAAUGUUUGACAAACAUCUCUUGUUUAAACAAUAUUUUUAACCUUUGAGCUUAAGAUGUAUUCUUUUACGAUAAUUUAUCAUUGAAGCAAACUAUUUUUUCACUCUUCACAAAAGUAAUUUAACAAAAAAUGAAAAAUAAAAUGUCUGAUAAUAUAAAACGUGAGCAUGUCCCUUAAAGUUGACAAUUGUUUUUCUUCACUUCAAAGGUCCGCUGCUUUCUGUUCAGUCAAUUUGUAUAAAAUACUAACUUUUUGCAUGUGAGAUCCAGUUGGAAUAAAAAGAAGCAUUUAUUUCCUAGGCCAGUUAAAAAGGGCCAUAAAGCAUUAUAUAUAUUUUCAGAGUUAAGUAAUUUAUGUAUGAGUCAAUGAGUGCUUGAUUGUAAAUAUCAUGUCUGUUGUAUUAAAAGGCUAUUGAAAUUGUUUUGUUUAGUGUCUGAAGAAUACUUGUAAUAUUAUGACUGAAAAAAUAAAUAAAUUGGUGUAAAGUUUC